AUGCAAAACACCCAGGUCCUUCAGACCAUAAAUGAAGCACAAGCUUUAAUUUAUGAUUCAUUAGUUAAACCAUAUUCAGCCCGACUUUUAAAUGAAGAUCAACUUUUGGAAUUCAUCCUUCAACAUAAACUCGAAGCGGGAAAGUAUAUCAAACCUUUAUAUACAGCAUAUUUAAAACAAAUGAAUAGAAUACAUCCAGAAUUAAUGAAGGAAGGAAUGAAAUCCAAAAUCAAAGCAGAUAAAAUUAAACCACUUGCAACACCAAAACUCCAACGACAGUACUCCAACGACAGUACCGCCUCCUCCUUCAGUUAA